GCGUCAGCCCUGCGCGGCGGGCGGGGAGGGGACGGGAGCCUCGGCGCUGCCGCGGCGGGAGAGAUACCGGUGGGGCCGGCAGCGGCGGCUCCUCACGGGAACAAAGCGGGGGCGGCGCAGCCUCUCCGGCCCGCUGCGGCGCCAUACGAGCAUGGUCAGAAAAGGAAUGGAUGUAACAUGAUAUCCUUGGAGCGCUCAAAACACACAAAUUCUGUGAAGGUUUGUUUUUUGGUUAAGUGAUACGAAGAAAAUGGAUGAAUCAGCUUUGCUGGAUCUGUUGGAGUGUCCCGUCUGUUUAGAACGCCUUGAUGCUUCUGCAAAAGUCUUGCCUUGUCAACACACGUUUUGUAAACGCUGUCUCCUGGGCAUUGUGAGCUCUCGAAAUGAACUUCGAUGCCCAGAGUGCAGGACUCUAGUGGACUGUGGUGUUGAUGAACUUCCCAGUAAUAUUUUGCUUGUCAGACUACUGGAUGGCAUCAAACAGAGGCCUCGAAAACCCAGUGCUGGUGGUGGGACUGGUAGCACAAAUGCUUUAAGGGUCCCCAUCAAUACUGUAGCUAACUGCGGAUCGAAGGACCUGCAGAGCUCUCAAGUUGGACAGCAGCAAAGGGUGCAAGCACGGAGCCCUCCUGUUAGGGGUGUACCUCAGUUACCAUGUGCCAAAGCAUUGUAUAACUACGAGGGAAAAGAACCUGGAGAUCUUAAAUUCAGUAAAGGAGACAUCAUCAUUUUGCGUCGACAGGUGGAUGAAAAUUGGUAUCAUGGAGAAGUCAAUGGCAUCCAUGGCUUUUUUCCUACCAAUUUUGUUCAGAUUAUUAAACCUUUACCUCAACCGCCGCCACAGUGCAAAGCACUUUAUGACUUUGAAGUAAAAGACAAGGAAGCAGAUAAAGACUGUUUACCAUUUGCAAAGGAUGAUGUUCUGACUGUAAUUCGCCGCGUGGAUGAAAACUGGGCAGAAGGAAUGCUGGCUGACAAGAUAGGAAUAUUUCCAAUUUCAUAUGUUGAGUUUAACACAGCAGCCAAACAGCUGAUAGAAUUGGAUAAGCCCUCAGGUUCUGCUGGUGACUCUGGAGAAGGUACCUCUGGGGCAGCCCACAACAAUUCAACCCAAAAGCACACCGAUACUAAGAAAAACACCAAAAAACGGCACUCUUUUACCUCCCUCACUAUGUCCAACAAGUCUUCACAAUCUUCUCAGAAUCGCCACUCAAUGGAAAUUAGUCCUCCUGUCCUCAUCAGCUCCAGCAACCCAACUGCAGCAGCCCGCAUAAGUGAGCUGACAGGACUUUCCUGUAGUGCCCCCUCUCAGGUUCAUAUCGGUACUACGGGGCUAAUUGUGACUCCACCCCCUAGCAGCCCAGUCACAACAGGGCCUUCAUUUACCUUCCCAUCAGAAGUUACCUACCAAGCUGCUCUUGGUAAUAUGAAUCCCCCACUUCCGCCACCACCUCUCUUGUCUGCUGCAAUCAUUGCAUCGGCCUCUUCUGGACCUCAGUCUGCAGGUGUAAUACAAAGGCCUACAUCAGGAUCAAUUGACCAAAUGGCACAUUUACGACCACAAAGUCGUCCAAGUGUGUAUAUUGCUAUAUACCCUUACACUCCUCGAAAAGAAGAUGAACUGGAACUGCGGAAGGGAGAAAUGUUCUUAGUGUUUGAACGCUGUCAAGAUGGCUGGUUCAAGGGAACUUCCAUGCAUACAAGCAAGAUUGGUGUUUUUCCUGGAAAUUAUGUGGCUCCAGUUACAAGGACAGUGACAAGUGCGUCACAAACAAAAGUUCCCAUGUCUACCGCUGGCCAAAUGGGACGAGUGGUAACUAUGGUCAGCCCUUCCACGGCUAGUGGAACAUCCCAGAAGCUCCAGGGGAAUGGUGUGGCAGUGAACUCCAGCACAGUACCCACAGCUGUUGUUUCUGCAGCGCAUAUCCAAACUAGUCCACAAACCAAGGUCCUUAUGCACGUGACAGGACAAAUGACAGUCAACCAGGCUCGCAAUGCAGUUAGAACAGUUGCUGCACACAGUCAAGAAAGACCUACGGCAGCAGUCACACCCAUACAAGCACAGAGUCCAACAUGCCUUAUUCCUGCAGCUGUGAUCAUUCCCCACCACUCUGUUGCCUCCCAGCAGCUCCAGCCCCAGCUCCCAAAUACUGCUGCUUAUGUCACGGCUGUGAAUGUGAACCGUUCAACCAUCCCGCUGGCAUGUGCAGCAGCUUCUUUGAAUUCUUCCAACAUUGCUGCUUCAUCUUUGGAGGGAGAUAUUAGUGGAAGAACUGUAAACACUCACCCUGGAGCUCCUGCAUCUCCAGAGAGUGCUUUAGCAGCUGGUGGAAAUGCUGCUGUCAGUAAAGUAGACAAGGAUGGCAAGAAAGAAAAAAAAGGUUUGCUGAAACUGCUUUCUGGAGCAUCCACGAAACGCAAGCCCCGAUUGUCACCUCCAGCAUCACCAACACUGGAGGCUGAGCAAGCAGCUGCAGAAUUAGCCCUGCAAGGUGCAGUUGGGCCAGAGCUUCCAUCAGCAGGUGGUCACAGCAAAACUGGAUCCUGUCCCACUGACAGCGAGGUCUCUGGGCUGGCACAGGAGACGCUGCAUUGGAAAACAAGUUCCUUGGAUUCCUCUAUUCCAAUAGUGCCGCCACCUCGGCAGCCUUGCUCAUCCCUGGGUCCAGUCCUGAAUGAAUCCAGGCCUCUUGUCUGUGAAAGGUACAGGGUUGUGGUAUCCUAUCCUCCUCAGAGUGAAGCAGAACUUGAACUGAAGGAAGGUGACAUUGUUUUUGUACACAAAAAACGUGAGGAUGGCUGGUUCAAAGGCACUCUGCAACGAAAUGGAAAAACUGGCCUUUUCCCUGGCAGCUUUGUAGAGAACAUUUGAGAAGAUUCAUUCCAAGAGCUUCAAAUCAUACUGUACUGUAAAAUAGCACAAAUAUUUUACCAGAAAAAGCACAGUCAUGAAAUAUUUUCAAAUGACUGUAAUGUAAACAAAAAUCUACAUAUUUUUACAGUGUCUAUAGCACAAUUACACCAGCGAACAAAGAAGAUGAAAGCAUCUGCUGGUUUUAUCACUUUGGAUUCUUAAUUGUGAUGUGUGCCUUGUACUGUCUGAUUUAUUAUAUAGAGGAACUUUUUUCCCCCCAAGUAUGUUACAUAAAUGAACAAUUGUUUACAAGGCUGUAACUAAUUUAUUCUUGUUUUUUUAAACUUGAAUUUUGUG